CCCGGAAGGGGGCGGGCCCGGUCGGAGAGCUCGCGAGGGCCCCCGAGGGAGUCGUCGCCGGAGCCGGGCAUGGCGCCCUCCGCCGUCUAGACCUCCUCCCCGGCGGCGAGCGAAGCCACCGUCCCGCUCCGGCUGGGCCUCGGGUCCGGGCCCCGGCGUCCGUCGGCCAUGCUGGUCCUCCUGGCGAAGCUGCCGGGCCCAACACAUCAGUGUUUCCGGGCCUUUAGGAGGGUGAAGAAGAACUGUCCGUCGUCUUUGCGGAGUGCACGAUGGACUUCGACUGCUGUGGUACCCCGCAUCACCACACACUACACCAUCCAUCCUCGGGACAAAGACAAGCGAUGGGAAGGGGUGAACAUGGAGAGAUUUGCCGAAGAGGCCGACGUGGUGAUCGUUGGUGCCGGCCCCGCGGGCCUCUCCGCGGCCAUUCGCCUGAAGCAGCUGGCUGCCAAGCACGAGAAGGAAAUCCGGGUUUGUCUGGUGGAGAAGGCCGCUCAGAUCGGAGGACAUACUCUCUCAGGGGCUUGUCUGGAGCCGCGUUCUUUUGAAGAACUCUUUCCCGACUGGAAGGAGAAAGGGGCUCCUCUGCACACACCUGUGACAGAAGACAGAUUUGGAAUUUUAACAGAAAAAUCCAGAAUCCCUGUGCCAAUUCUUCCAGGCCUUCCGAUGAAUAACCAUGGAAACUACAUUGUGCGCCUGGGCCAUUUAGUGAAUUGGAUGGGAGAGCAAGCUGAAGCCCUGGGUGUGGAGGUGUAUCCGGGUUACGCAGCUGCCGAGGUCCUGUUCCAUGAAGAUGGCAGUGUAAAGGGGAUCGCUACUAACGACGUGGGCAUACAAAAGGAUGGGGCCCCAAAGGCUACAUUUGAAAGAGGAUUAGAGCUUCAUGCCAAAGUCACGGUUUUUGGAGAAGGUUGUCAUGGGCAUCUUGCCAAACAACUGUACAAAAGGUUUGAUUUACGGUCCAAUUGUGAACCCCAGAGCUAUGGCAUUGGAUUGAAGGAGCUGUGGAUUAUUGAUGAGAAAAACUGGAAACCAGGCAGAGUGGAACAUAGCGUGGGUUGGCCCUUGGACAGACACACUUAUGGAGGAUCUUUCCUCUACCAUUUGAACGAGGGUGAACCCCUGGUGGCUCUUGGUUUUGUGGUAGGCUUAGAUUACCAAAAUCCGUACUUGAGUCCAUUUAGAGAAUUCCAGAGGUGGAAACACCAUCCCAGUGUUCGUCCAACUUUGGAGGGUGGGAAAAGGAUUGCAUAUGGAGCCAGGGCUCUCAAUGAAGGUGGCUUCCAGUCUAUACCAAAACUCACCUUCCCUGGUGGGGUGCUAAUUGGUUGUAGUCCUGGUUUCAUGAAUGUCCCGAAAAUCAAAGGCACCCAUACUGCAAUGAAAAGUGGCAUCUUGGCAGCAGACGCCAUCUUCAACCAACUAACUACUGAGAAUCUCCAGUCAAAGACAUUAGGUCUCCAUGUGCCUGAGUAUGAAGAAAAUUUGAAGAACUCGUGGGUGUGGAAAGAACUUUAUGCUGUCAGAAAUAUCAGGCCUUCCUGCCAUAGUAUGCUGGGUUUAUAUGGAGGAAUGAUUUACACUGGUAUAUUUUACUGGAUAUUCAGAGGAAUGGAACCCUGGACCUUAAAACACAAAGGGGCCGACUCGGACCAGCUGAAGCCAGCCAAAGAAUGCACGCCAAUCGAGUAUCCGAAACCUGAUGGGCAGAUUAGUUUUGACCUUCUUUCGUCAGUGGCUCUAAGUGGUACCAAUCAUGAACAUGACCAACCUGCACACUUGACUCUGAAGGAUGACAGUGUCCCUGUGAAUAAAAAUUUAGAAAUAUAUGAUGGGCCAGAAGGACGAUUCUGCCCUGCAGGAGUUUAUGAGUUUGUCCCUGUGGAGAAGGGAGAUGGAUUUCGGUUACAGAUAAAUGCUCAGAACUGUGUCCACUGCAAAACAUGUGAUAUAAAAGAUCCGAGCCAGAAUAUUAAUUGGGUGGUUCCUGAAGGUGGUGGAGGACCUGCUUAUAAUGGAAUGUAAAGCUAAAUCAACUGAUUUCAGUUGCAAAUGACAGGAACUUAUAUAAUUUUAUGGUAAAUGGACUGUUUUAAAUUAUUUUUGAAAAGCACUCAAGUAUCCUGUAUCAGCAUUAAUUAAAAUGUUUAUAAGGUAACAAGCCCUUACUUGCAGUGAAACAAAAAGGGAAAGUUCUUUUCCUUCAUCAUAAAAGUCUUGGGGAUAAUUGUUUCUAUUCAGUAACGAAUUACGAGAUCUCUGUUCAAUCGUUUUCCGUUCUCCAAACUGCCCCGCCAACAGGGUAAGUGCAUCAUUGACUCCACAAAAUUUGGUUUAUGGAUUUUUAAUCUGAUUUGAUCUUCUAGCUGUAGAAUGGCCUUGAAACCAUUUAUUUUGAGUUUGCCAAACUGGUGCUGAUGCUCCCUUUAGUUGGCGAUUAUAAUUUUGCCCCAGUUGAAGUGAACUUGUUCUUUCUACCACCAAACUCUAGCUCAAAAGAUUUUCAAACUGAAGAUGGCAGGGGCGUUCUAUGGCUGUUGCAACAAAGAUUAUUAAUAUCCGUCAUCAUCCCCCCUGGCACCUACUUCCCCUCUCCCAAUUUGCCACAGAUUUGUGAAAUGAGCCAAGCAGUGGGUAGAAAUUCACUUUUUAUUUAGCAAAGGAAGGCUCCCCAGGAUUAAACACGCGAAGCAUUGGGCUAGAGUGUAAACAGCUAUUUUAGAACAAGUUCAUAUAAACCCAGGCAAUCUGACUUGUGUAUUAUUGGGAACUUCUAGCUAACAGUACAGAGUGAGACAAGUUUGCAAACUCAGGAAAGUGAAGAAGCUGCUAAAGUCAGGUUUCCACACUUUUUUAUUUACGGUAAUGGCUAUCUGAAUCUCCUACCAGUAAACAAGAGGGAACAUGGAUUCAGUAUUCAUCGCAGUCUGGAACGCCUCCAUCCCAUACUGCCUUUAAAUCUUCAUAGUUGAUGGGUUCACAAUCAGUGCAUACUUGAAACUAAAAAUUUCUUAAGCAAACAUUUUGGCAUAAGCUGCUUUUUCUUUUUCCUUUUGUGCCUUAAUCUUCUGUUUGACUCUCAGUGUCUCUGCCUGGAUAGCUGUUUAAAAAAAAAAUAACAGAAUCAGCAUGGAGAACGGGAACAUCUCAGGUGCUCCCUUUCUUCAGUACUCAAGCCAAAAUGAUCUAUCGCAGGCCCUAAAGCUCAGCUAGACAGAGCAAUCAACGUUUCUCUUCCAGGCAGAUGUCUGGCUGCCACUUGCCUAGGGGUUCAGAAACAAGAGCUAUUGCUGUCAUCAGUAUUGAUUGGGCAUCCGCUGUGUUCAGAGCACUGUACUGAGCGUGAGGAAUGGUAGUAAGACACUGCAAUAUUUCAUCCGGAUGAAGACUACCAUAGAUAACAAGGACUAAUGGGUUCUGGGGGUUAAUACUGAUAAUCUCAUUUCUACCAUGUUUAACCUACCUUUGUCUUCAGGGGUAAUAUCUUGUGCCUUCUUAAGAUCAGCCUUCAAGUGGGGAGGAAAAAAAAAUCAAGUUAAAUGUGUGCUUUGAAAAUGUUUUUUAAAAAAUUAAAUUAAAAGAAAAUAUUA